CAUAUUAAAUGCAGUUUUCUUUUACUCUGUCAGAGUUUAGAGCCUCUCCCAGCGGGUGGCCCAGACUUUGGUGCCUUGGGAGAGGAAGCUGAACUGUUUGAAGCUGAACCUGAGGCCAAGCAGGAAAUUCUGGAGAACAAAGAUGUGGUGGUUCAACAUGUGCACUUCGAUGGACUUGGAAGGACCAAAGAUGAUAUUAUCAUGUAUGAAAUCUCUGAUGUUUUCAAGGCAAAAAAUCUCAUUGAUGUGAUGAGGAAAUCCCACGAAGCUCGUGAGAAGUUGCUUCGGCUGGGAAUCUUUAGGCAAGUAGAGGUUCUGAUUGAUACCUGUCAAGGAGAUGAUGCCCUUCCAAAUGGUUUAGAUGUAACCUUUGAGGUGACAGAAUUGAGAAGACUAACAGGAAGCUAUAACACUAUGGUUGGCAACAAUGAAGGCAGUAUGGUACUUGGGCUCAAGUUCCCAAAUCUCUUUGGACGUGCAGAAAAGGUGACCUUCCAGUUCUCCUAUGGAACAAAGGAAACUUCAUAUGGCCUGUCCUUCUUCAAACCACAGCCUGGAAACUUUGAAAGAAAUUUUUCAGUUAACCUGUAUAAAGUAACUGGACAGUUCCCUUGGAGCUCUCUUCGUGAAACUGAUAGAGGAAUAUCAACAGAAUUUAAUUUUCCAGUCUGGAAGACCAGUCACACACUGAAAUGGGAAGGUGUGUGGAGAGAACUUGCCUGCCUUGCUAGAACAGCAUCCUUUUCUGUUAGAGAAGAAAGUGGACAUUCUCUUAAAUCAUCUCUCUCUCACGCUAUGGUGAUUGAUUCAAGGAACUCUUCCAUCUUGCCAAAACGAGGUGCUUUGCUGAAAAUUAAUCAGGAGUUGGCUGGCUAUACAGGUGGAGACGUGAGCUUUCUAAAAGAGGAUUUUGAGUUUCAGUUGAACAAGCAACUCAUCUGGGAUUCGGUAUUUUCAGCAUCACUUUGGGGUGGAAUGCUAGUACCUAUUGGAGACAAGCCAUCCAGUAUAGCUGACAGGUUUUACCUUGGUGGACCAACAAGCGUGCGUGGAUUCAGUAUGUACAGCAUUGGACCCCAGAGUGAAGGUGAUUACCUGGGAGGAGAAGCCUACUGGGCUGGGGGCCUGCACCUCUACACCCCCCUCCCUUUCCGGCCAGGCCGGGGGGGGUUUGGGGACCUCUUCCGAACACACUUCUUCCUCAAUGCUGGGAACCUCUGCAACCUUAACUAUGGGGAUGGUCCCAGGGCUCACCUGCAGAAGCUGGCAGAGUGCAUCCGAUGGUCCUACGGCACGGGCGUAGUGCUCCGGCUCGGCAACAUUGCCAGGCUAGAGCUGAACUACUGCUUCCCCAUGGGAGUACAGUCUGGUGACAGGAUAUGUGAUGGUGUUCAGUUUGGAGCAGGAAUCAGAUUUCUAUAAUACAGAAACAUUUUACAUCAGGAUAUGGAAUUGUGCUCUGGGAUUGAAAUUAAGACUAUAAAAUAGCUCAAUACGGUCUAACUUUUUUCUUGACGUACAGAAUCUGGUGGGUCACCUCUCAGACUCCACAAGAAACUACAUUAAAGAAUUAGUCUCU